UCCUCUGCGCAAGUUACUGCGCAUGUUGAUGUCUGUUUAGCAUGGUCUCAUGCUAGUAUAGUUUUCUUCCUUUAUCAUUACUUGAUUUUUUUUUUAAACAAAACACACUUCCAGUAUGCCACCAAAAGGGAAAGGUGGUAAAGGCGGAAAAGGUGCUGCUUCAGGGAGUGCAGAGGCUGAAAAGAAAGACAAAACGCCCAAAGGAGGCACUGCGGUGAAGGUUCGUCACAUCCUCUGUGAAAAACAUGGGAAGUGCAUGGAGGCAAUGGAAAAACUGAAGGCUGGAGUGCGAUUCAGUGAAGUAGCGUCACAAUAUAGUGAAGACAAAGCAAGACAAGGAGGUGAUCUGGGUUGGAUGACAAGAGGAUCAAUGGUAGGACCUUUCCAGGAUGCUGCAUUUGCCUUGCCUGUCAGCACCAUGGAUAAACCUGUGUACACAGAUCCCCCUGUCAAGACCAAAUUUGGAUACCAUAUUAUUAUGGUAGAAGGAAAAAAAUGACCAGGGCACAGUUUGACACUGGGAAGAAGGACAGACAAACAGGGAAGCGUACAGCACUUCAUUAUGAAAGUGAUGAUUUCCUGUUCCUACUUUUCCAAUUAUCUUUAUCUCAUCCAAAAGUUUUGUCAUGAAAAUUGACUUGAUUAAGAGGCAAUGACACUGGUGAGAACAGUGUCAGGAUGUGUGUGGGUAUUCAGUAUAUGAAACUGAAAUCAUGAAUUGUUAAAUAAAAUGCUUUUUUUCCACAAGA